UUUGUUAAAAUAAAAAUCUGUUUUAUUUAUCAAUUUUUGUGAUAGGAAAACGUGUCGGAGUCGGAUAAUUGAAUGCAUUUCGGCGUGAUUUCGGCUCCGCGGAUCGGUUGACGACGGACGAUUCGGAUAAAUUACAACGACACGCAAAAGCGGAGAACGAAAUGGCGCGAGCUGCGAAACUCGCGAAAGUGAAAUGCGCGCUGUGCUCGGAAGACGUCGUUGGCAAGGUGACGGUGUCUCCGUUCCGAGCGUAUUCGAACGCUGAGGACUUUUUAGUGAAGCAGGGCAUUUUGCGCAAACGUCGGUCGAGGACCGACUUGGAAAUUUGCACGAAGUGUUAUUCCUUGGUGAAGAACUGCGACGAUCUCACUGCCGAUUUGUCUGAUAAGGUGGACUUUUGUCGGGAUUUAAAGGCCGGGAGGAAGAAGCAUGACGCUGGGGCUCAUCCAGAGUUCUUCAUGCGAGCCGUCGUGAAAUCAGAGAGACUGGACUUAGAUUCUUGCCAAGAAAACAACGAUCAGGACUCGAAGGAAGACGCCGGUGUGAAGACGGAGCUGCGUAAUUCACUCAGCACCCAAAAACCAGGAACCCGGACAUCCGCCCGAACCGCCAAACGAAAGGUCUCUCAACCCGAUCCCUUACUUCCGGAUCAACUGGACCAAUCCGCGUACGUCGACUGCGUCCUCGACGACGACGACGACGACGACUUUGGCGACACUUUCCCUUCGUUCAAACCCGACUCUGAUGACGAGGACGACGACCCGACUUACAUGGGCGAGCCGUCGGCCAAGUACGGGGAACGAUGGUCCAAGAAUGACCCGACUUGCACGGAUCCGAGGCAAUACCGGAAGUUGAAUCGACGAGGACCGGAUCAUUACGUCGUCGACGGACACGUGUUUGAGAAGAGAAGCGUUCCGAUUUGCCCCGAUCACCUCGUGUUCUUGCAGUGCAAUCACGAGUUGUCGGACACUGUGCGCUGCGAAGUCAUGGGAGCUUUAAACUUGAAGGAGAAUUGCUUUUACUAUGAAACCGGGAUGAAUACGAAGAGUCAUCGUCACAGAGCGUACGAGCCUGAGGUCAAAGCCGUCGGCCUGAAACCCCCGAAGCAGGUGAAGAAUAUCAAGAUACGGAAGCAGUUUGGGAAGAAGAUCCGUCGGUGCGAAGUGUGUGCAUUCGAGUCCCAAGCCGCGGAUUUGUUCUUCAUGCACAACACCAAGAAACACGCUGUUCCGGACGGGGAAAAGUGCUUCGAGUGCGGACGAACCUUUGCUACUGAUGAAGAAUACGCGGAUCACAUGGAAAUGCACAGGAUACAGUACACGGAUGCCGUGGCUUGCAUUUCCUGCCGAAAAUCCGUUCUCAACGAUUGUCUGAGGAAGCACAUCAUGAACACUCAUGGCGGCGCCAUAUUGAGGACGCAUGACGAAAGGAGAGCCGCGGGGUUGGAUGUUCUCGAAUGCGCUCUGUGCAGCUUUUUCUGCACGUCGUCGUAUCAGUUUAAGCACCACCGCGUUUCCGCACAUCCCGGAGAAGACGCUUUCAAAUGUGACAAGUGUGAUGAGUGUUUUUCGGCGUAUAAAUUGCUGUGGGACCACAGAAACGAAAAGCACGUCAAUACGUAUCCUUGCCGAGAGUGCGGUCAGGAAUUCCCGACGAAAAAUGCUUUGGGUGCGCAUCGCAAGACGCAUACGAUAGUGAGACCGACGAAGAUUUGCCCGAUUUGUGAGGUGGUUUUCCCUGAGGCCAAGCUUGCCCAGCACAUUUCUUCACAACACGGAAAAUCUGAAAAGGUUCGAUUAGCCAAACCCUGGCUAAAGAGGAUUCGGAAGUGCUCCAUUUGCCCGCACAAAGCGGGUCGAAGAAAUGUUCUUUUCAGACACAAUAUCAAGUUCCACGCUAUCAAGGGCGGGGAAAAGUGUUUCGAAUGCGGACUUUCCUACUCAACCCCGGAAGAAUUCCAGAAACAUAUGGACAUGCAUCGGGAAGAGUACAAGGACGCGGUUUCGUGCUACUCUUGUCGAAGAUUCAUUCAUCGACUCACUAUCGAUAAUCAUAUUGAUACGACGCACAAGGGGAAGAUUUUGCGAACCCACGAGGAGAGGAAGAAGGCUGGAUAUAACGUUUAUGAGUGUCAGCUUUGCAGGUUCUUCUGCACAUCAAUGUUUCAGUUCGAUCACCACCGAGUCUCAGCGCAUCCGAAUGAAAAGAUUUGGUGUUGCAGUGCUUGUGGUGCCCAUUUCAGAGAUUUGCGAGGCUUGCGAGAUCAUAAAAAUCUUGCGCACGGGGAUGACAAUUACUAUGUUUGCGCCGAUUGUGGAGAGAAGUUCGUGACGAGAAAAGAGCAUCUCGCGCAUAGUCAGACUCACCAGCCUUUGAAAGGGAAAAAGCUGUGUCCUUUGUGUGGAGCUCUGGUUUCUGCCGCCAAGAUGUCGGAUCAUAACGUGGUGGAGCACGGGUUCCCUAUGACUCGGUCCUGCAGUAUCUGCAACGAGAAAGUCCCCUCAGUGAAUGCCCUUCUCUACCACAAGAAAGUGAAACACGGAAUCAAGCGCGGAACGCGUCCAGCCAAGAAAAUCGUCUGCGAAGACUGCGGCAAAAAGGUUCGCCACUCGCAAUACACUGCUCAUCGAAUCCGAGUCCACGGCGAAAAAAUCGAGCUGGCUGAAACCUUUCCGUGCAAUUAUUGCGGACAAGUGUUUGAGGGUUGUUACGCUCUGCGAAGUCACGAGAGAUCCGUACACGGAUGGAUCUACAAGCCGCAAUCCGAGCUCGGCAUUGAAUGCAGUUUGUGUCACUCGAUUUCCAGGGAACGGUUUGAGUUUAAGAAGCAUUUGCAGACCGUGCACGGGUUGAAACAGGUGACGAAUGAGGAUUACCCCAAGUUCAUGGUUGUUCCCGAAGACACGAUUAAUCGCGUGAAAGACAAGAAGCUGAAAGCUCUGUCGGUUGAGGAGCUGAAGAAGGAGUAUUCGAUCAUUGUCUUGAUUCUCCGGAUUGCUUGUGAUCAUGAAGUGACGCGGAAACUGAGUGCAAAAAAAUAUAAUCGCAGAAUGCCGCGCGGCGGCCGGCGAGCAGCAGGAGCCACGAAAGUGGUGGAAUGCAUUUUGUGUUCCGCUCCGUUACCCGAACCCAAGUUCGCCUUGGACAGUCCUUGUCAAAGUUGCGACAGUGUGCGGGAUUUCCUCGUCAAACACGACGUCGUUAGUUUGGCCAUGUCGACGAGCUCUGCGGUGGACCUGUGUGACCCCUGUGGGUUGUUCCUGCAAUCCUGCGACGACCUGGUGAUGCAACUGAGGAAGAGGCUGGAUUUUUGCAAGGACUUGCGAUCCGCGAGGGUUACGCUGGGGGACUGGGAAGAGUACGAGGCGGACUAUGUGCCUUCCACGGGUCUGCAAAGCUUGGCAUUGUCUCACACAUCUUCUCGAAGAACGCGUUUGAGAAGAAAAAUCGUCCGCAGCCCAGAAACCCAGGAAGUAUCUUCGAGACGUCGAAAAGUGGCAGCCGAAAUUUUCGAAGAACCCCCAACACCCGUCGAGAACGCAGAAAAAAUUGAAGUGAUCCCGGAAACCCACGUUGGAAGCCCAUCCCUGAAACUCGAGAGCGUCAAAGGGGAAAACGGGAGUCUGAGCGACGAAGAACAACAACAACAACAGCGGAACAUGUCUGAUGCAGAUUUCUUCGACGUCGGGAACGAAUCUUCGGACGACGAUUCCGACAAGGACUCGGACGCCGACUUUUUCGGCGAAGACGAGAAAAAGAAACCCACUGCCAAAUCGAAUGCCAAAACGACGACCCGCGUGAACCCCGUCGACUGGACCAAGGAUGACCCGGCGUGUGGGGAACCCAGGCCCUUUGAGGUCCUCAAAAAGCAGGGCGUCGUCAAGUACGUUGUGGAUGGGUUCAUUUUCGGCGUGGUUCGAGCGAGUCGUUCGGAUCCGAUGAUCGUGUUUGUGCGGUGUAAUCAUCACCGAGUCGCCGGUGUGGAGUGUCAAGUGAACGGGGCGGUGAAUUUGCGAGAAAAGAAUUUCUACUAUGACCCUGUUACCCUGGCUGUGAAUCAUAACCACUUGGAAGCUGCUGUUUCUGACAAACAGAAAAUGCUGCCUCCGACAUCCACUCCGAGCAGAAAUGGCCCCAAACCGGAACGUCAGCCGCAGUUCCUUCGUCGCAUCAUGGCCACGGGUAGACGAGGAUUUGCCUGCGAACUUUGUGACUUCACCACUCGUGUGCAAUUGUUCCUAGUGUCUCACUACCACACCAGUCACAGGGAGUGUGAAGGAGAACGGUGUUUCGAAUGCGGUCGUUGUUUCGACAACCAUGACGAGUAUCAGGAGCACAUGGACCGACAUCUCGUGGAUGCGAGGGAAAAGGUGGUUUGCUUGUCUUGCCGAGCCCCCAUGAAGAAAGUUUCGUUCCCCUUGCACGUUCGGGGGUAUCACAAGGGCAAGAUUUUGUGGACUGCGGCCCACAGAGAAGCGGCUGGUCUGAAAAUGAUACGUUGUGCUUUGUGUCCCUACCAGGUUGAGGGAAAGAAUCCCUUCCAUUUGCAUGCUGUUCAAGCCCAUUAUGGAGAGAAGGCGUAUGCUUGUGAGAUGUGUACGGACACGUUCACGUCAGAGAGGAAUUUGAGGGACCAUAUGAACGUGGUGCACGUUUUCGGGGACCAUUUUCAUUGCAAGAGCUGCGGAUUGGAAUUUGAUACCAGGAUCAAAUUACAGAAGCAUCGUCUUCUCCACAUGCCACUCAAGGGAAAGAAACUGUGUCCUGAAUGUGGUGUCGCAUUUGCUUUUCAUGCGUACCGGGAUCAUAUGGUCUUGGUGCAUAAUCAACCGACCAGCCACAAAUGCAAAGAGUGCGGCGAGGAAGUGGCCACGUACAACCGCCUCCGAAGUCACAUGACGAAAGCCCACGGCGUCAUUUUCCCGCCGCCGAAACGGAAGUUUAAAAUCUGCGAAGAUUGCGGCAAGUCCUUCAGGUCCAUCACUUUGUAUCAGACUCACCGAGUCCAACAUCACGGAGAAGAUCCCCCACCGUCUCGCGGCAACACCAACUGCAGCUUUUGUGGACGAGAAUGCAAGACGAAGAUGCUUUUGAGACAACACCACAUCAACGCUCAUGGGUGGUAUUUUAUUGAGCAGGUCAAGGACGGAAUCUCGUGCAAAAUGUGCCAGGCCGUUAUCCGAGAAAAAUACGGGUUCCAGACACACCUGAAAACGGCCCACAACUUGAGUGUUCAGAUCAAGAAAAUCAAAGCCUAUAUGCAGAUCCCUGAUGGUGGGAAGAAUAAAUUCCCCGUGACAAUGAACUCUUUUAAAAACGAAGUCGAAGAGGCAGAAACCUUUGAUUUACCGAACCAACCAACAAGGAAAAUGCCGCGGGCAAAGCAGCAUCAGCAGACCCACGAAUGCGUGCUUUGUUUGGAACACGUCAAACUGGUUUCCCCACAAGUGCCAAAUUUGAUGCGGAAUUUGCGGAGUUUUGAGAAUCCCAAGGAGUUUUUUGUGCUUCACCAAAUCGCGACAGAACCGAGUGUGAGUGUCGAUAGUGCGGAUCUGUGUGCGAGUUGUUUCACUAUUGUGGAAGCCUGUGAUGAUUUGAUGCACGAUUUCAACGAAAUGGUGAAAUUGUGCAAAAAUUUGCGCACUGAGAAGCUGAAGAAGGAGCGUUUGCCGGAGUUGAGUGAAGAUGCUAUUGCGUCUUUGCUUGGGAACACUUGUGAUGAUGAUGAUGAUGAUAAUGGCAUUCCUGAUCUCUAUAAAAAUACGUUAGUUCAAGCACAAGAAAUCAGCGAGAAGAAAUCAGCUACGGUAGAAGAAGCCCAAUCGAGUCAUUCUCGUUCCACCGGACGAAUACGAAAACCCCCUCGGAAAUAUUCUGAAGGAGAAUACGAAGUGUCUUUUGUACUCAAAGGAUCCCCGUCACCCAAGAAACCCAGGGUUGUCGCCGCGAGUUGUCGGAAUGACAUUCUCGGGGAUCGUAUCCCCGUUGAAAACCCCAAAGAACCCUCGUUGUUCAUCCAAGGAGACGCGGAUCGAGGCAGUAUUUUGAACGACGUUGCGGGAAAGGAGAAUGUGAGUGAAGAUAAGUCGCUGAAUGGAGAAUGUGAUGGGAUGGAGGAACCAAAGCAGAAGAAGAGGAAACGGCGAGGGAUCGCGUUGGAAACGUCUGAGAUCUUUGAGAGGAUCAUGAUGCAACAGCCGAGGAUCCGUACGAAAAGGAGGACCAGGGAUCGGGCGAAUCCGAACAGAAAGGACUUUGUUGACUUCACGGAUGUUGCUAAAACAAUCGCACAAGAAUCAACGAAACUGGAUCAAACGAGUGAAUCUUCUCCAAUUCCCGCUCCAGGCGUUGUUGCGAAAAAACUUUUGGCGGAAGUCCUGCGAGCCAACAAAUACCACAAAAUCCCGGCCAAAACUGAAUCCCUGCGAAUAACCGAUUUCAAGUCUGAGCCCGUAACCCACGAGAUGUCGCCUCAAGUGGAUCCCGAGCUUCAGGUGAUGAAGGAGCUCGAAGUCAUUGACAAACUCCUGAAGCAGGAAAACGAUCCCGAAAACUCACAAUUUCGAAUCAUCACACAAGAGGAAGAAGAAGAAGAAGAAGGAAAUGCGAUUGGUGAAGAAUACCGCAAAGGGUCAAGCUGGUGGAGACCUGACGAAGAACGCAAGAAACAGAGCGAAGCCGUCGUGAGACGGAAAGAAGGCGCCAAGUUGUGGUCGAAGGAUGAUGCUUCGUGUCACGACCCGAGACCGAUAGCAGUGACACCUAUUGACGGACGGUACAGGUUCUUGGUGGACGGCUUUGUGUUUCACUGUACGCGGAAAUGCGUGUAUAAUCAGGCGUUGAUGUAUGUUCACUGUAAUCACCGGAGAGUCAGAGGUGUGGAGUGUCCAGUGAACGGGGUGGUGAACUUGAUGGAGCAGGUCUUUUACUAUGAUCCCAUGUUCAAGGCUGUUAAUCACAAUCAUGUGGAUCAUGCAGUUCCGAAAAAUACGCAGUUGCUUCCCAUGGAUGAAUUUCGGAUGUCUGCUCAGAGGCUGUCCGCUCAAAGGCAAUCCGUUGGCAAGCUUUUCCCGCGACGAUAUGCUCACUUUCUCAAAUUGCCGGGAUGCGAAUUGUGUUCCUAUGCGAAUAAGCCGUAUCUGCUCCUGAAGCAUUACAAGACGGAACACGUCAUGGCGGGCUCGAAAGAUUGCUUUGACUGCGGGCGGCCAUUUUUGGAUGAGCUGGAAUACACGGCCCACAUGGAGCUUCACCUUUUGGAGAACAUUGAUCGUGUUUCGUGCAUCACUUGCCGGAUACCGCAGCUCAAAUACAGUUUGGGUUUGCAUAUUAAACGGGCGCAUCAAGGACGGAUUCUUUUCACUGAUGCAGAGCGAGAAGCAGCAGGUCUCCGGAUUUACAGAUGUGCAGUGUGUCCGUACAAGGUGACGAAUUUCGUGAGAUUUCAGUUCCACGUGAACCAAGCUCAUUUCGGGGAAAAGGCGUACAAGUGCGAAAAUUGUCCCGAGGUCUUUGUGACUGAGACUCAGAGGAGGAAUCAUACUCACGAGAUGCAUGAAAUCACGCACGAGUUCAAGUGUGGCACUUGUUCUCUGAGGUUCCCAACACCAGCUGCGCUUCAGAAACAUCGGAUCAUUCAUAAUCCGAAUUUAGGGCACAAGUUAUGCCCCGAGUGUGGCUUGGAGAUGAAGUCCUUCUGCAAGUACAAGCUCCACAUGUACCGGGUCCAUGGCCAAGCAAUCUACAGCACCUGCAAGGACUGCGGAGAAAAGUUCCCGCUGUACUCGCAGUGCCGGAAACACAUGAUCGAAGUGCACGGUGCCCAGUACCCCGUGGCGUCCCGGAAGCGGAAUCCCCGCAAUUGCCCCGACUGCGGCAAGUCCUUUGUGUGCAACACCAGCUUCCACAACCAUCGCGUCAAAGUGCACAACCAGACGACUCGGACGGACGGCACUUUUGUCUGCAAUUAUUGCGGAGAAGUCUUUGCCCUGUGGAUGUUGUUGAGGGUGCAUUGGCGUCGGGCGCACGGGUGGGUGCGGAAGGAGCAGGCGGACGUUGGGAUCCAGUGCAACCGGUGCGGGGACGUGGCCAAGGAGAAGUAUGGCUUCCAGCGACAUCUGUUGGAGAAGCACCAGUUGAAGGUGGCUGUGAAGAAGCUGUCGCCGCACAUGCUGUUGCCCGAGAGGGCGGUGGUGGGUGCCGGUGGCAGGCGGGAGGGGCAAGAGGAGGUGGUGCUGGUGGCGGCGGCGGCGGCGGAGGAGCUGAAGCAAAUAAAGGUGGAAGAGUCUGUGGAUGAUGAGAUUCUGGGGGAGGAGGAGGAAGAGGAAGAAGAGCAGCAGCAGCAAUCUGAAAUAGGCGCCAGCACUUCGAGCUUUCUUCUUUUCUAUUGUGUUUUGUGCUUAAAAACCAUGGAUUCGGACGCUCCCGUGUCGGCUCCUGAUCACAAGAAGGGUGAUAAUGCUCCAUGGAUUGAAAAGUAUCGGCCGCAAAAAUUCCAUGAGAUUGUGGGCAACGAAGCAACUGUUAGUCGCCUGGAGGUGUUUGCAAAAAAUGGAAACAUGCCUAAUAUCAUUCUUGCUGGUCCACCGGGAGUUGGUAAGACCACCACGAUCUUGUGCCUCGCCAGACACCUGUUGGGGCCGAGUUUCAAAGAAGCUGUCUUAGAACUGAACGCGUCCAACGAUCGAGGCAUUGACGUCGUCAGGACCAAGAUUAAAAUGUUUGCCCAGCAAAAGGUUUCUUUGCCUAAGAAUCGCCACAAGAUCAUCAUUCUUGACGAAGCUGACAGCAUGACAGAAGGUGCUCAGCAAGCGUUGAGGAGAACCAUGGAGGUCUACAGCAAAACCACGCGAUUCGCUUUGGCCUGCAACACCAGUGAGAAAAUCAUAGAGCCUAUUCAGUCUCGUUGCGCAGUCAUCAGGUACUUCAAGCUGUCUGACGCUCAGUUGCUCUCGAAAAUCCUCGACGUUUGCGAACACGAGAAGGUUAGCUACACGAAUGACGGGAUGGAGGCCAUCAUUUUCACUGCUCAGGGAGAUAUGAGACAAGCCCUGAACAACCUGCAGUCCACUUUCCACGGGUUUGGGCACGUGAAUGCCGAGAAUGUCUUCAAAAUAUGCGACGAACCGCAUCCGAAAUUGGUCCGUGAUAUGCUCAAAAGCUGCGUUGACGGAGAUAUCGACGCAGCGUACAAGGUGAUGAAUGGCCUGUGGAAGAUGGGAUACGCACCGGAAGACAUAAUAUCCAACGUUUUCCGUGUGUGUAAGACUGCGGAGAUGCCGGAAAUGCUCAAGCUGGAUUUCAUCAAGGAAAUCAGCGUGACUCAGCUACGGAUUGUGAAAGGCGUCCAGUCCUUGUUGCAGUUGUCGGCACUUCUGGCCAGGCUGUGCCAGAUAAGUUCUACCUGA